GUGGUAAAUUAUCAAGAUUUAUCUUUUAUGUUGGGCUUGUCGGUAUUUUAUUAAAGGAAUGAUGGUGGUUCUUUAAUAGUUAACUUGAUAAAACUGUACAUUUUAUAUGUAAAGAGGCAUAUUAACUGACGAUGUUAAGUGAAUACACAUCCAACAACAUUCCUUUAAGAGUGCGUAUAUAAACAGCAGGCUUUUCAAAUAUUUUAGUAUACUUGUGCAAAAUGAGGCUCUACUACGCAAGUUUUUGUACUCUUAUGUUUAUUUCUUUAACAGUAGCUCAAGUUCCUAGUUUAGGAUGGUGCCCAGAAUAUGUACCAAUGAACGAUUUUGAUAUAGAAAGAUUUUUGGGAAAAUGGUACGAACAAGAGCGAUAUUUUACUUUUUCUGAAGUUGCUUCUCGAUGUGUCGUUACUGACUACGCGCGAGCUCCAAGUGGAAAAAUUUUUGUAUCCAAUGAAAUUACAAGUCGAUUAACCGGUAUAAAAAGAGUUAUUGCUGGAGAAGUUGGUGUUGUUGGAAAAGACGGAGAAGGUCAAAUUACUAUCAAAUAUGCAACUACGCCAAUUUCAACAGAAACUAAACUUAAAGUUUUGGAAACAGACUAUGAUAAUUUUGCUGUUGUGUGGAGUUGCAGUGGAAUUGGUCCAGUACACACAGAAAGCGCUUGGGUGAUGACUAGAGAAAGACUACCUUCUGGUCAAGUAUUACAAAAAGCAUACGGAAUACUUGACAAGUAUAGAAUAAAUAGGACAUUUUUCAUUAAAACUGAUCAAGAAGGUUGCGCAUUAGCUGCUUCAGAUUUAAACGCAGUCAAUGGUUUAACUCCUACUGCAACUGUUUUACAAACAACAGGUGCCGAACAAAAAUCAACAGAGAGCAAAGAAAAAGUACCGUGACGUUUGUUUAUGUUCUUGCUAGCUUUUUACUUGUGUAAAAAUACCUAGAAAGAGUAAUCCAUUCUUUAAAUUGAAAUUUAAAAGAUACUUAUUAAUUAAAUAAAUACUAACAGUUUUUAAAAUAAUUGUUAAAAUUAGUACCUAUUGCAAACAAAACAUUUGAUAAAAAAUAUUAUUUAAAUGGUCGUCUUGGCCGUCAGUCACAAACUUAUACAAUAUUAUAAUAAACCACUUUUUGCAAAAAUUGGACACUACUAAUUUCUUCUUAAUAUCAAAUGAACAAACUGAAAAGAGAAAUUGUUUUAAUUAAUGCUAUAACAAUUCUACAAGCUUUUUUCCCUUUCUUUUAUUUAUUUCCUUCAUACAAUUAAGUAUAAAUUGCGAACUAAUGUAUAAAUAAAAUCAACUAAAAAGAGCUCUACCAAAUAUGAUAUAAUAUCAGCAUACUUUCAAAUAAAUUAAUAUCAUUAAGAGGUAUUCAAAUUCGCAACAAAAUAAAUGAAAAGGAUAUUUAAAAACAACUUUGGGAAACAUCCAGGACAUUUAGAGAAUAAGUAGUUUUAAAAAACUAUAAUUCACAU